AUGCCUUGGUCGCCUGACGCCCCGGCACGUCCCCGCUGUUCGCCGGCGCCGCCCGCCGGACCGCCCCGUCCUCAUCUCCUCUCCGUCGUCCCCUUGUCACAGGGCCGCACCCGCUCGUCGUCCCCGUGCGCCAACACCGCCACCCGAAGGCCUCGCCGUCGCCGGACCUCCCCACCGGACCUCCUCAUCUCCUCCCCGACGUGCUCCACCGACCCUCGCCGCCCGUACCCCUGCAUCAGGGGUGAGUUCCUUCCCCUCGCUAUUUUCCUCGCCCACACACAUCGCCCGUGCAUGGCCGCGCGCCCGCGCUGUCCCCGCCGCGGUCACCGCCCCCUCCUGGCGCCAGCGCGCGCGCACCGCACCAGCCGUCCCCGCGUUGAACCGCUCCGCUGUGCACUGCUGCUUCUACGCCCGCCCUGCAGCCACGCUGGCGCGCCGCCCUGCGCGCUGCCGUCGGCCCCGCCCUCUGCUAUCGCCGCCUCGCUCGCAGUCGGCACCCUGCUCCCUCACCCCCUGACCCGCGCCUUGCCUCCGCCCCGUGUGCGGCCCCGCCCCGGCCGCCACCGCUGCGGCCAUCUGGAGCUGCUCGCUCCCCGUGCCCCGCGCAUCUCCCCUGGCCUCUGCCGCAUCGCCGACCGAUUCCGUCCCGCCAUUGCUGACCGCCGGCGCCGCCCUCCGCCGGGCGCGCCCGGUCCCGCCAGCUUCUGGCCAUGGCCGCCGGCGCCCGCGCGGCCUCGCCUCGCUACCAAGGCGGGCUGCGGCUUCGCCCGCUGCCCUUUUGCCCAGCGCCCGUUAAGGCCUCUGGCCUAUGACAACCAGGCCCCACGCCCUGAAAAACAAAUUAAAGAAAAGAAAAGAAUUAAAAUAUAA